AUGAUUGCCACUGCGCCGAGCGGGGCCUUUAACAAGGCCAACGCUGACCAGAUCCGCGAUUGGGUCGACUUCGUGCUGAAUGUCGAGCCCAACGCGGCGGAGAAACACGACUUGUUCUACUACGUGUCGGUGGCUCGCCUCUUGGCGGAAACGAUCGGCAGCACCUCGCUCUCGGAUUUCGAGGAUCCACACAUGCGCGAGAUGAUUAAGGCAGCGAUUGUUGUGAACGAUUUGCCGUACGCCGCAGAGCAGGAUCCAGCAUGGAAAGCCUGGAAGGUUUCGCCGGCACAGGUUGUCUUCGCACUCAAGGUGCAGACCAAGUGCGCCCAAGCUGCACCACCCGCCCGCUCGGCUCCAGAAGCCGGCGCUGGGUCGAGCGACGUGGCAGGAAUGGCCGAAGCUGUGAAACAGCUUGCAGAACUACAGACCCAGGCGCUCCAGAAGGGCAAGCCGAAGGGACUCAGCUUCAAGCUUCAAGACAGGAUCGUUGAAGUGGGCUUGCAGAAUUUCGAUAAAGGCACCCUCCCGUCCGAGGAAAUCUUGGCGAAGUUCGAGGCCGGAGCCAAGAUCGCCAACGACAAGGGCCGGGAUCGCGUGAGACAGAGUGCGGCCGCCAAGCGCGGAAGCGCUUGGAUCGAUAAGAUCGAUUACGUGAGCUUCGCGACCUUCAUGGGGCAUCUCCACGAGUGGGGUUUCAAGGUGAUCCUCGCGAAGGCGUGCAGCAUGGCGGACUUUUUCUCCUACGUGCAUAUUAUGAUCCGCAUCGCUGAGGAGAACGGCGGGGUCAGGUACCUUACAAGGAUCGAUGUUGAUCUCCUGCGCACGGCCAAAGACAAGGUGGAUAAGCGCUUCGCGGAGCUCGCUCGUGCAUCUGGCGCGCCCAAGGGUCAGUCCAAGGGCCAGCCCAAGGGCGCCUCCAAGAGCUACGGCGACGGGGGCAGUCAUGCCUCCAGCAGCGCAUCCUCUGGCGGCAAGGGCGGCAAGAGCGCUAAGGGCGACAGCCGGCGCGUGCGUUCGCCGCCCGCGCGGCACAAGGGCAGCGCUGGUGGCGGCCAGCAGCAUCGGUCGCGCAGCCCGCGCGCUGGAUGGCAGCAGUCGGGCCAGUGGGACAAGCAGUCCUGGAGCAAGUGA